UAAAAUAAGAGGAAAAAUGAAUGCACUAAAUUGCUCAACACAUUUGUGAAGAAAACGCAGAAAAUUCAAAGCCAACCGCGUCAGAAAACAAAACAGAAAAACAUCCUUUAAGAAGUGAUCUAGAGAAUUCAGUGAUCAGAGAACAUUCGCGUGGGUUUGAGGGUGAGAGUGAUGGCGGAGACGUCGCAUCUGACGGAGACACAGCGGUACGCAGCCGGGGCGUUGUUUGGACUGGCAGUGCAUCAGGCCCAACUUCACCAGACCCACCCUCUGGGCCUGUCAAGGGAUGACUUCCCUUCUGAAAGUAGUUCCGGCACUCUUGCAGUUUCCGAAGAUUCCACCCUUUGGGUCCAUCAACAUUCCGGUUUGCUCCACCCCGUUUUCAAGUACUUAGAUAUUGAUUCUGCCGCAUGGUCUGGGAUUGAGGAAACUGCUGGCUCUUCUUCAGCUACGCGACACGUGGGGCCAUUCUUGAGACUAUUAUCAGAAGAAUUUGGUGAUGAGUGUUCCCAAAGGCUAGAUCAAGAACUUGCUUUGUCAGAAGCUGUUGAUGCUAUGGUGCUUAGCCUGGAAAAGAAUUCAGAGUCUUCCAGGUCUAAAAGAGAGAAGUUACGCCAAUAUGAGCAUCAAUGUCGUCAAAAGUUUGCAACUGCUGACGUUCAACAAAAUUCUGAGAAGGUUGAUAUGCAUUUAGAAACUCAGGAGGAGCCAGAUUCUCCUUUCCUUGACUGUCAAGAUGCACAUCAGGGAUCUAUUGAUAGUAAUAUUGUUGAGAGUCCAAUUGAAGAGGUAAUGAAGCUCAGCUAUCCAAGGAAAGUGACAGUGCUCUAUGAACUUCUCUCUGCUUGUCUGUCAGAUUUAGGUGAAAAUAACAAGAAAUCUAGACGGAGGAGAAAGGGCUAUGAUGCUCGACAUCGUGUCGCACUACGGCUGCUGACAACUUGGCUUGAUAUCAAAUGGGCUAAAAUGGAGGCCAUCGAGACGAUAGUUGCUAGUUCUGCAAUGGCUUUCAUUAAAGAGCAAGAGUUAAAUAAUGAAGAAACUCAAGCAAAAGAAAGCAAGUGGGCUAAAUGGAAGCGGGGUGGUAUCAUUGGGGCUGCAGCCUUAACUGGGGGAACUUUGAUGGCUGUUACUGGUGGAUUAGCUGCCCCUGCAAUUGCUGCAGGACUUGGUGCUUUGGCUCCAACUUUGGGCACUCUGAUCCCCAUAAUUGGAGCAGGUGGAUUUGCCGCAGCUGCUAGUGCUGCUGGAACUGUCGCUGGUUCUGUUGCUGUUGCUGCAUCAUUUGGAGCUGCUGGAGCUGGACUGACUGGAAGCAAAAUGGCUAGGAGAGUUGGGGACGUUGAUGAGUUUGAAUUCAAAGCUAUAGGAGAAAACCAUAACCAAGGAAGGCUUGGGGUUGAGAUCGUGGUCUCUGGAUUUGUCUUUGAUGAGGAUGACUUUAUAAUGCCCUGGGAAGGACAGAAUGACAACUUGGAGAGGUAUGCGCUGAAGUGGGAGUCCAAGAAUCUAAUUUCCCUGAGCACUGCAAUUCAGGAUUGGCUUACUUCAAGAAUUGCAACGGAGCUGAUGAAGCAAGGGGCAAUGAUGACUGUGUUGAGUGCACUUUUAACUGCUUUGGCUUGGCCAGCUGCAUUACUUGCAGCAACUGAUUUCAUAGACAGCACAUGGACAAUUGCUAUCGACAGGUCAGACAAGGCAGGAAAGUUGCUUGCUGAAGUAUUAUUAGUUGGAUUGCAGGGAAAUAGGCCUGUGACACUUGUUGGUUACUCACUUGGGGCAAGAGUUAUUUUCAAGUGUCUGGAGUUUUUGGCUGAAACAGAAAACAGCUCUGAACUGGUAGAAAGAGUUGUCCUUCUUGGAGCACCCAUUGCAAUCAAGGGUGAGAAUUGGGAAGCUGCUAGAAAGAUGGUAGCAGGAAGAUUUAUAAAUGCUUAUUCAAGGAAUGACUGGAUGCUUGGAGUUGCUUUCCGCGCCAGUCUACUUUCUCAAGGGUUAGCCGGAAUCCAACCAGUCGAUAUUCCAGGGAUCCAAAAUGUUGACGUAACAGAUCACAUUGAAGGCCAUUCUUCGUAUCUGUGGGCUACCCAACAUGUCUUAGAUCAACUUGAAUUAGAUACGUAUUAUCCUGUUUAUAACAGCAUUCUUUGCAAAGGUGAUGCCUCCUAAUUAUUCUUUGGUAAAUAUGUGAACAAUUUCCCGGUGCCCAUGCGAAGCUGAUAGUAUUCUCCUCAACUUUCCAAAGAAAUGUAAACUACUAUAUGCUAUUCUCAUCAAAAUGCUUGGAUUGAAUUCACGUCUUCCCUUGAUAUGGACUACUAUAUAGCCUGCUAACCAGGGAGCAAACAUCUAUCAUUAAAACCAAAAUUUGUAAGACAAUAAUGAGAAAAAAAAAAAC